GUCAGCAGCAGCCGCCAGGAAAUCCAAAGCAAACAACAAGUCAAGAAACAACGCAGAACGGAUCAAAACAAAAACAUUUUAAUCCAAUUUUUCAUUUUCAUACAUCAAAUCCAGACGCAAGGUGCCGUCUGGAACUAACCAUUUUCCUCAGUUUUACCGGACUCUUUCUUCUCAAACAAACAGAUAUGGGUUUUCUCCAUAGAAAGCUGAUCGAAGAUGUUGUAAACGCAACCUACACAAAAUGUCUCUCAUCCUACUGUCUCCCAAGUAACGAUGAUCACAGAUGCCCCCUACCAUGUUUCAGCUUCAGCGUCUGCUCCUCAAUAUGUAUUUAUCCUAUAGAUGAUACUUCCCCACCGAGUCCUAUUUAUUCUCCUGGAAAAUCCGAUAAACCAUCUUCAUGGUUGAUCAUCACAAUUUCUGUGAUCUCUUUCACUUUCCUCAUUGCUUGCGGUUAUGCUUUCUAUAGAAAGUACUAUUCGGGUCGGUAUAAUUCGAGGAGGAGAUCGGAACCGGAAUCGGACCCGGAGGAGACGACCCAUGAUGUGUUUAUCGAUGAAGAUCAUGGACCUGUUCUUGAUCAUCCUAUUUGGUACAUCCGCACAGUUGGUCUCCAACCAACGGUUAUAAACGCCAUCAAUGUUUUCAAGUACAAAAAAGGAGAUGGGCUUGUUGAAGGAACAGAUUGCUCUGUUUGUUUGAGUGAGUUUCAGGAGGAUGAGACUUUGAGAUUGUUGCCAAAGUGUAGUCAUGCUUUUCACAUCCCUUGUAUUGAUACUUGGCUUAGAUCACAUACCAAUUGCCCCAUGUGUCGCGCCCCUAUCGUCAUGACUACGGUUGCGAAGCCGCCGGAGGCCGCCGGUGUUGUGGGUUCGAGUCCUGUGGAAGAAAACCAGGUGAGGGUUUUGGAUAGAGAAGUGGAAGUUGGUGAGGUUAGAAUUGGAACAGAAGUGGAAGGUGAAAUUGAGGUUAUUGGGAGUGAAGAAGAGAGAAAUCACAACUCUAGGGAAGAGAUUGAUGGAAAUGGAGUACAGGGGAGGAGAAGAUCAGUUUCAUUUGAUUCUCUAUCUGGUUCAGAGAUCAAUGUUUUUGAUGUUCCUGAUGCUGGUACAAAGAGAAUUGGUGGAAACAAAAAGUUAGCAAAAGUAAAAAGGACUUCUUCCUUUGAGAGAUCUCUGCAAAGUGGACCUAUUUCUAUGAAGAGGUCAGUUUCUUGCCAUGGAAAAUUUGCGUUAUGCAGACAGAUACAGAACCGUGACUCAAUUUUCCCUUUGAGAAGCAUGUGAUGCUUUUUUUUUUUUUUUUUUUUUUUUUUAAUUUUGUUUUUGGGUUUUUGGUGAGAAACACAACCACCUGAACUUCUCUCGAAAAAACACUGCAAUAAUGUCAUGUGUUUAAAGCAAGUGUAUAUUACUUAAGAAAACUGAGGCUGACCCAAAAAUGGGAUUUAGCUAAUAAUGGAUAAUAUAUCAAAUACUGUAUUCUCUAUGAAUUUGACUCUCUGAAAAGAGAAUCAAACAAUUGUAAGUGAAACUUUUUGCUCAAUUAUACUAAAUAGUGAUGCAAUUAUGUACUUCUGUA